AUGUUGAAUUUUAGGCAGCUCGCUUUGGCUGGCGACGCAGGCAUGUUGGCCCCACAGAGUUCAUGGGAUAAUGCCGGCUGCUUGACGGCCAUCAAACGGCAAUACGUUGAAGCAGCCACAGAUGAAGCAGACUGUCUGACAACUUGCAUCGACUUGCUGCAUGCGGCGGCAAGAGGCGACGUACAACAUGUGAUAGAGCUGCUGGAGAAGCCUCAUGAUCCCAAUGCUGCUGACAGAAUCAGACAUGUGACACCUUUGUUUGACGCUGCCGCAAGCGGCCAUCUGGAAGUUGUGCGCUGCUUGCUGGCUGCCGGUGCUGACAAAGAGAAGGCAGACAAUGAUGGCGCAACACCGUUGCAUAUUGCUGCAUGGUGGGGCCACCAGGCAGUCGCGCAGUGCUUGCUGGAUGCCGGUGCUGACAAAGAGAAGGCGGACAACGCGGGUGAAUCAGCGUUGCAUCUUGCUGCAGUUCAAGGCCAUCCGACAGUUGUGCAGUGCUUGCUUGAUGCCGGUGCUGACAAAGAGAAGGCGGAUAAUGCGGGCAGAUCACCGUUGCAUCUUGCUGCAUUCAUGGACCGCCAGGCAGUUGCGCAGUGCUUGCUGGAUGCGUGUGUUGACAAAGAGAAGGCGGAGAAUGCGGGCAGAUCACCGUUGCACAUUGCUUCAUUGCAGGGACACCUGGCAGUUGUGCAGUGCUUGCUUGAUGCCGGUGCUGACAAAGAGAAGGCGGACAACGGGGCAAGAACACCGUUGCAUCUUGCUGCAUUGAUGGACCGCCAGGCAGUUGUGCAGUGCUUGCUGGAUGAAGGUGCUGACAAAGAGAAGGCAGACAAGAAUGGCACCACAGCGUUGUUUUUUGCUGCAUUCCGGGGCCAUCUGGCGGUUGUGCAUAAAGCUUCUUGCAAGCCAGGUGUUCCUGAAAGGAUCUCGAAAGGCAAGCAUCCAUCGCAAUUUGACCUGGGGGGGAGGGCGGUGCUUGCCCACGCGCAGGUGGUGAAGCGAUGCCUGUGUCUCAAGCCUGAGGGCCGUGGCACAGCGGUGGAGCUGCCCGGGCUCCUGGAACCGUUCUGGCAGAGGGCCGCGACGCGCUGUUGA